UUACACGUUAAGAUACGAGGGGAUCCCUCCUCCAAUCACAGGAGGGAGGGAUAGGAGUUGAACUCAAGUCACACCUGGGGAGAUAACCAUCCCUCCGCUCUUCACUCCUAUACUACUUUGUCAUUUAAACAAUGAAAAAAAUUGCAUUUAUUUACGACCUGGUGAUAUUGAGAAACUUGGAAUUUCUAGUUGAUUUUGGCCCAACUAACGUUUAAGUUGUAUUAGUAGUUAAAUUAGGACAAGUACGGGGCAAGCACUAAAACGGGCCCCACUAACAUCUCCCGCCGAAACCGUUUGUGGAAAUCUUUUGUGUACCUUAUAAUAGUGAUCACUGAUUAGUGAGUGAGUGGCGGGUAAUGUAGCAGCUGAGUUGCUGCAUAAUAUUCAUUCAAAUAUUAGCAACAUAUUACAAGACUCAAGAGAGAGAAAACUAAAAAUAAUGGGGGAUUUAUACGCUCUUGAUUUUGAUGGUGUUUUGUGCGAUACUUGUACCGAGACUGCCAUCUCUGCUCUUAAGGCCUCCAAAGUUCGAUGGCCAACUCUAUUCGACGGCGUUGACUCCGCCUUGGAAGACUGGAUUGUUGACCAAAUGAUUAUUGUGCGACCUGUGGUUGAAACAGGAUAUGAAACUUUGUUGCUUGUGAGGUUGCUGUUGGAGAUCAAAAUUCCUUCCCUUCGGAAAUCUUCAGUUGCAGAGGGGCUCACCAUUGAAGGCAUACUCGAGAACUGGCCAAAGCUAAAACCAGUUGUUAUGGAAGCAUGGGAUGAGAAGGAUAACAGAGAGGCCUUAAUUGAUCUUUUUGGGAAAGUUAGAGAUGAAUGGAUGGAGAAGGAUCUGGCUACCUGGAUAGGUGCUAAUAGACUGUAUCCUGGUGUUUCCGAUGCUCUAAGAUUUGCAAGCUCGAAGAUAUACAUAGUUACCACAAAACAGAGCCGAUUUGCAGUUGCUCUGCUGCAAGAGCUUGCUGGUGUGACUAUACCUCCCGAAAGGAUAUAUGGACUUGGGACUGGCCCGAAGGUGGAAGUGCUCAAGAUGCUUCAAAAGCAACCAGAACAUCAGGGACUUGCUCUUCACUUUGUAGAGGACCGACUUGCUACACUAAAAAAUGUCAUAAAAGAGCCAGAGUUGGAUGGCUGGAAAUUGUACCUAGUUGACUGGGGCUAUAACACCCAAAAAGAAAGGGAAGAAGCAAGGAGUAUCCCCAGAAUUCAUAUGCUUGAGCUGUCCGAAUUCAGUAUGAAGCUAAAAUAGAAUCACAAUUUGUUUUAAUGUAAUUAUCCAUUGUCCUGCUCACUGCAAUUAUUGCACAACAUUACAUUUCAAUUCAUUAAAUACCUUCUUUUGUUGUAAUUCUUAAUAUGUUACACACUGUAACUACUGAGUAUAUCUGGAGUUCUGAAUUUCUGAUGACACUUUCUUUGUUCUUUCACUCUUCAGAAAAAAAAAAAAAAAAAAAAAAAAUGACCCUGGUUUUAAGCUUGACAAAAAAAACUAUUCAUAAUAGAUAGUUAAAAUAGUCAUCUAUGCAUUACAAGCCCAAAAAUU